AUGAAGAUGUGGAGGUGGCGGUGGGGCGGUCGAAGAGGAAGUCAAAUAUCCAACAACAUCAAUGGGAGCAGCAGCGGCAGCGUGCGUCUACUGUGGAUGAUAGCACGGCAGAUUCACGAUGUUAUUUCCCUUUUUUGUGUGUGUGUGUUUUCCGUGGUGGAGCGCACGGAUGUGAAUGGUGUGGAAGAGACGCGGUGCUGCUGCCACACCGAGUGGCGUUUUGAGUGCUGCCUCUGCCGCAGCGCUCUCCUGGUGGCGAUGUAUGUCUGUGGGCGCUUGCGGGCACAAGUGCCCAGUGCGAGGAUGGAGAGAGAACACGAAGAGGAAUGA